AUGGAGCGUUGGGGGUGGGUUGAGGGCGGCAAUGGGUGGGUUUGGAGACGGCGGUUGCUAGCCUGGGAGGAGGAGAGUAUGAGGGAGUGUAUCACUUUACUGGAUAACAUUGUUUUGCAGGUUCAUAUUCAGGACCGUUGGCGGUGGUUACUAGAUCCUGUUCAUGGAUAUAGUGUUGAUGGGACUUAUCGUUUUCUCACAAAUUUGGAAGUACAGGUGGCUAAUGAUGCUUUUAUUGACGUGUGGCACAAAUUGGUUCCGACAAAAGUGUUGCUUUUUGCUUGGCGGCUGCUUCAAGAUAGAAAUCCUACAAGAGCAAACUUGGUGCGUCGUCUCAUUCUUCAACCAAACGACAAUUUGUGUGUUGGAGGGUGUGGACUAUCCGAGACGACGGGUCAUCUCUUCAUCGGAUGCGAAUCUUUUGGUAGUGUUUGGGUUUUACUUUGUCACUGGCUUGGGUUUUCUUUUGUUCCUCCAGGUUCUAUUAAGGAUCAUUACAUUCAGUUUACUCAUUUGGCGGGUUUGUCUAGAUCUACUCAUGUGUUUUUUAAGGUUAUAUGGCUUGCUUGUGUUUGGGCAAUAUGGAAGGAGCGAAACAACCGUGUUUUCAAUGAUACGGUUAUUGAUCUGUUACAUAUUGUUGAAAAAGUUAAGUUAAAUUCUUUUCUCUGGCUUUCUUCGAAUAUUGAGCCUAUUGCUUUCGGCUUUUACGAUUGGUGGAGACAUCCCCUUUAUUGUAUGGGUGUGAUUUAA